CACCUAGAAAAGAGAAAAGCCACAAGUUUCAGGGACAAGCACAGGGGCUUUUGCACCAUCUCGUUUUGGUGUGGUUUCGAUACACUUUAGUGAGUUGUCAUACCUACACUAAAAUAUAUGUGGCUUAAUACUCUCUUCUAGUCCCAUAAUGGCAGGAAAAUAUACCCAACAAAGAGAAGAAGUUAUGUAGGACUGCCACACAUGAGCAUUUCCUCAUCUGCUACUUCACCGUUACGGUUUGACUUUCAGCUACAACUGCUGGGUUGCGGUUAUGGAAGGAUUUCGGGUUUAAAGAAACAGAUGUUGAGAGAAAACAGGAUGCAAAAUAAUAAUCUGAGGGAGAAAACAGUUUGGCAUUGCUGUCCUCUCUUCACGCUGGCUACAAACCUCAAAAGUUAUAACACUUCAUGAGAACGGUGUGACAGGAAAUGUACUUUUGAAGCCAGUCUACUGUGAUGAACAACUGAAUCGGGCAGUGUGACUCAGCCAACAAAGAUCCUGACAAGAGACAGCAAAAUGAUCCUUUUGUGCAUUACAUUGCUUCUUCUUAAUCAAGGAUAUGCACUGAUCCCAGUGGCUACAGUUCAACUUGGUGAAUCAGUGACCUUCAUGUGUUCUUUGGCUGAUACCAAACACAGCAAUACACGGGUAAAGUGGUACAAACAGAGUACUGGCAAUACUCUUAACUUAAUUGCUACACUAAUGCAAGCUGCUGCAAAGCCUAUAUUUGAAAGAGGAUUUCCUUCCUCACGAUUUGAUGCAAAUCAUACCGUGACCAUGAGCACUCUGACCAUUUUGAAGACAGUUCGGGAAGAUGAGGCAAUCUAUCACUGUGGAGUCACCUUGUGGAAUAAAGAUCAGUGGAGUGGUACAUACUUGUCUUUGAAAGGAAACAUUCACAGGACAACAAACUAUACUGUUGUUCAGUUGCCAAAGGUAACUGGCCCAGUUCAUCCAGGAGACGCUGUGACUCUCCAGUGUUCAGUCCUCUAUGAUUCUGAGAAGAAGUCCUGUCCGGGUGAACACAGUGUGAACUGGUUUGGAGUCAGAUCAGAUAAAUCUCAUGCUAAUAUCAUCUAUACUGAUGGACUCACUGAAUGCGACAAGAAACCUGAUACCCGUUCUCCUCCAAAGAGCUGUGCUUAUCGCUUCUCUAAGAACGUCGGCUCCUCUGAUGCUGGGAGUUAUUACUGUGCAGUGGCCACAUGCGGGGAGAUAUUAUUUGGAAAUGGAACAAACCUGGAUUCUGAAGGAACCAGCCUGUGGUCGUUUAUUGUACUGACACACAAUUUAAUUCUGUUUUUGCUGUGUGGUGUCUUGGCCAUAAGUGUGACUAUCACAGCAUUUCUCAUUUGUGUCAUCAAGAGAAAUAAGUGUGAUUACUGUGGCCAUAAAGCUGCUGUUUCAGUGCAACAAAGUGUUGCAAAAUGGAAUUUAAAGAGAGAUGGAGAAAUAUGUAUUUAUUCUGCUGCUGUUUUUACCAUGAUGAAAACUGGCAAAGGUGGAACAAGGGAUGCAAAUCAAGUGGACAAAGAAAGGAUCUAUGCUGCUGUCAAGGCUCUUGGGUUAAAUUAGUAAGUCACCAGGACUGUUUGAGAUCAGUUUGCAACAUAUGUGAUAGUUGAUGUCACUCUGUUGAAGCUAAAAGCUGUUACUACACUACACAGACAAAAGUAUUGUCUAUAGUCUUUUACUUCUAUUACACCAUCAGGGACCUUACUGACACCACAUUCUAAAUACACCGACAGCCCUUGAAGCUAUAUCAGCUUCCUCUCUUCUGGGAAGGGUUUGCACAAGAUUCUGGGGUGUUUCUGUGGAAAUUGUUGCCCAUUCAUGCAGUAGAGCAUUUGUGAGGUCAGACACUGAUGUUGGACCAAAAGGCCUGGCUCACAAUCUCCAUUCCGGUUCAUCCC